AUGACUAGAAAGUUUUCUGUCAAGAAUGUUUGUAUAGUGGGAGCUGGACCGACAGGGUUGGCUUGUGCAAAAUAUCUACUUGCAGAAAAGGCCUUUGAGCGCAUCGAUAUUUACGAGCAACGAUCGCGUGUAGGAGGUAUCUGGGACUAUUCGCCCGAAGACAAGACGCCUGAUGACCUUCCUGUGCCAUCCGUGACACCGCACGCCGGUCUUGCCAAACCCAAAUGGCUGCAGUCAGGCACCAGGAAGGCGCUCGGGAGUCGCAUCGAAGAGGAAGCCUUGUUCCUCAGUCCGCUAUAUGACCGCCUAGAAACCAACAUCCCGCGCACCUUAAUGGGCUUCAGUGACUUUGAUUGGCCUCAAGAUUCGCAACUCUUCCCAAAGCACGAGACCGUUACUCAGUACCUCGAAGACUACGCUGCCGACAUCAAGCACCUUAUCCACUUCAACACUCAAGUCCUCGACGUCAACUUGGCUGGUGCUAAACCAGACGGACAAGACCUAUGGUCUGUAAAGACGCAGAAAGUACAGCACAAGAUCCAGGAAGACCCAGUGGAGAGGACAUACGAUGCUGUCGUUGUCGCCAAUGGUCACUUCGCGGUGCCAUUCAUACCUCAGAUCAAGGGCAUGAAGGAGUGGGCUGAGCAAUAUCCAAACGCCAUCUCUCACUCCAUGUACUACAAAAAGCCAGAGGACUACACAGGUCUCAAAACCAUCGUCGUUGGCAGCGGCGCUUCAGGCAUCGACAUUGCUAUGCAGCUCAUGCAAGCAUGCAAAUUGCCCCUGAUACAAUCCGAAAGGUCGAAAGGAUUCCUCCUGUCUGACCCUACGCCUAAGAAGCUGGAAAAAGAGGAGAUUGUCGAGUUCAUCAUCCAAGACAGAGCUGUGCGCUUUGCUGAUGGCACUGUGGAGAAGAACAUUGACUCCGUCCUCUUCUGUACCGGCUACUUCUAUUCCUACCCUUUCCUCAACAACUUAGAUCCGCCGCUCGUCACUACUGGCACCCACGUCCAGAACCUGUACCAGCACUUGAUUUACCGCCCGCGCCCUACCCUCUGUUUCCCAGUAUUGCAACAACGCGUCAUUCCCUUCCCAAUGGCAGAAGCCCAAAGUGCCGUCAUUGCCCGUCUAUGGAACAAUCGAAUCUCUUUGCCCUCGGUAGAAGACAUGAAGGCCUGGGAAGAUAAUCUACGGAAUGAGACAAGUGAGGGCAAGAGAGACUUCCACCUUCUCCUGUUCCCAAAAGACGCGAACUAUAUCAAUGCCAUGUACGACUGGUCGAUGUCGGCGGCCGACGCAGAUACCAAGGGUAAGCGACCACCGCAUUGGGGCGAAAAGCAAUACUGGAUGCGCGAAAAGUUCCCAGAGAUCAAGAAGGCUUUCCAGGACCGAGGCGAGGGUAGACGUCAAGUCAGAUCUCUGGAAGAAUUGGGCUUUGACUUUGAGAAGAUGAAGAAAGAGUCGGCUGUUGAGCAAAAGAGUUUGCUCUGA